AUGUGCUUUGCAUAUUGGUUACGAAAAGAAAAACGAAAUAAUUAUAUAACGUACUGUGAUGUCGACCAUGAAGAUAUUGAGGCAAGAAAUAUUAUUCAUGGUGCAUGGAGAACAGAAACUACAGUCUUAGAAAAUUUAUGUCGACAAGGAAGUAACCAUCCUUUGAUUUCAGAAGUCCAAAAAAGGGGAACCAUUAAAGACUAUUUUAACAACGAGGGUGCGGUGCCAUGGCAAGAAAAUAUGAUUCAUUAA